AUGCCAACUUCUUCAUUGCACUCGGUUCAGGUUGACAGCCCCUCCAUCUAAACCGGCUCAUUCUCUCUCCAGAUGGCUCUUCGACAUACUCACGCAGUUGUGUAAUACGAUAGUCCUUUCAUCGACGAGCACGGAUAUGUGCGAUCCAAACGGGGAUCAGAAGUUGACUCCGUCUCUACCUGAACCUGCCCAUUCUCUGUCUAAGUGGCUCUACCACUACGCACGAUCGAGUUCACUUCUUCUACACCACGAUCCAAUCGCGGAUCAGAAAUCGGCAGUGUAGUCCUCUUGACGAAUCAAGGAAACUUUGUGCCAUAUCAACUUGGUAAAGUCCGAACACAUGGCAAGGAGGAAAACCUUAUUGUCCUGCGGCCAGCGACGGAUAUCAAUUUGAGACGACUGAACCAUGGGAAAGAGUGGCUGCAACCUACGCGAAUAACGGAGCCUACAAAUGAGUGCUAUAAUGCCAGGAAGAAGAAGAAGAGGAGAAGAAGACGACAGGAUGUUGAUUGA